CGGGCCCCCCUGGAAACCUGACUGACGCAACCCAGAUUUAAAAUAGCUACUAGUAAAUAUAUAGCAGACAUGAAAAUUGCAUGCCUGAUAUCUAAGUUGUACAACACAAACUUUCCACACUGGCUGCUAGAAAUCAUUUUGCUAUGCUGAUAUAUGCAAUGGUGAAAAUGUCAUUUACUGGCUAAAAAAACGAGUUACCAGUGACUGUGGUGCCAUCACCGUUUAUCAUCCUGGGCAUAUAAAUAAUGCUAAGGGCGAAUUCACAAGUUGAACCUCAAUUACAGUCAACACCUAAGCCAGAUGGCCACAAAACUGUUGAGGUAUUUGCGCAAGAAAGACCACAACCGUCCAAAACAUCUCAAGUCGAAUUAGAAAAGACAAACAGUAAAACUACAACACUUCCUGGAGCUUUACAGUCCAAUCAUUUAUCACGUCAAGCUGCCGUAGCAUUACCUCCAGUACAAAGGCAACCCAUUCGUAAAAAAACAUACUCUAAGAAACUUUUUCUAACGCCGGAGAAUUGGGAAAGACAAGUUCCUCGACAAUUAGGGAGUAUCACGAAAUCUGAUCGUCGUGUCACCGUGUUCGCCGUUGUGAAAAAUUUCACGCCACCGAAGCAAUCAAGGGGCACUGACUGGUAUUGUCGUUUUGAGUUGGUUGACCAAACACUGUAUGGUAACGAUAGCUACCUACGAUGCAUGUGUUUUCAACAAUCUGCACGCCAUAUACCGCUGAUUUUAGAAGUUGGCGAUAUUAUCAAGUUACCAAUCAGAAUAAAGUUGUAUAAAGGCUGUAUUCAAGGACAAACGUAUGAUGACCAUUCUCCUUGGAUGACUUUUGAUGGUCAACCUGACCAGCCCGUUGUCCCACGAUAUUCACCUUCAUCUAAACCCAUAUUCACAAGGGCAGACAAGAAAAAAGUCGAAGAACUUAGAUCGUGGGCUGUAUCAGUUGGCAUUGCUGAUUCAAAAAAAUAUGUUACCGUUUCUAGUCUAACUGAAGAUUUAUACUUUGAUUACAUCUGUCAAGUCAUUCACGUUGAUAGUACAGAUAAUGUGUUGCACGUUUGGGACGGAACUGAACCUUCUUUUAAUGGUCUAUUAAGCGAUCGCUGCAACGCGUUUGUCGAAACAACGAAAUGGGGUAGGAAAAUCAUAGGACGAUGUGUGAAGAUCCAUAUAUUUGGCUGUGAUCUGGAAUCUACUUGUAAAAAUGGACAGUACAUAUUGAUACAUGGCUUACAUUUUUUUCUUAAAGACUACAGGCAAGAUGACGUUGUUGAAAAGGUUCCUUUCCUUGCGCUUCAUGAUAGAAUGUUAUCCAAGGGGGGAGUAAAGAUACUAAAUGACGAUGAAGAAGAUGUCGUCAAGAUCCUAGAACGGCGAAUGAAAGCAUUGCCUGCAUCACCCACCCCAGAGUCUAAUGACUCUCCUAAUGUCGCUGUUACUAACCAAAAGCAUCCUGACGCAGGGACUGCCCCACCGAAGGUACUGGGAAGACACUUGCCUGAUCGAGGAAAAGCAGAAGGGGGUAAUUCAAAGAAAACUGAAAUUGACGAUCGUGAGGCGAAAGCAACCGUUCAGAAAAUUGAAACUACAGCUAAUGGGAAAUCGCGUGUUGUUAGGCCUGGCGCAUCGAAACGGGUGAUAGUAAAAAAUAUUGUGAUAGAAACUACACCACUGCCUGCAAGUAUUCCACAUGUUGAACAGACAAAGGUGUCAUGUGCUAAUGGAUCUAAUAUUUCAAACUCUGCAAAGAUCAAAUGUAGUAACAACAAGUCGCGAUCACCGCUGGCUGGUGUCUCACGUGAUUUAGGUGGCAACCAGGCAUUGGAAUCACGUGCUGAUAAGUCUGAUGGGCCAUAUCAAGGAAAGAUAAAUGAAACAGUUCCCAAUGAAACGAGAGAACAAAUUUCGAACGAUGCAAGUGCCGAUUCUUCCGUUAAAGGCACUGUUCUUGGUUUGAAAGUUCGACUCGCCGAUAUUUUAGGUAAUGCUUGUACCAACCCGACAACGAAAUCAUGUACAGUAAUUAAAACUUUUCUGAUAACGCCGGAAGCACAGAGUGUCGAUGUUCCAUCUGGUGUUUCAAAACAGACAACGCAAUCGCAUGCUGAUGUUUCACCGCAUAUAGUCGAUCAAACCUGUUUAUCAGUUGCAAACCAGGCGGUUUUAAAACGAAAAUUCAGAGUAGAAUCCCCUGAAGGUACCAACCAGACGAAAAGACUGCGUAUAGAAGACUCACUGCGUACAGAGAUAACCUUUGCGAAUCGCUUGUUCAAAAUUCGAGAUAUAAAGGAUGGAAGCGUGCCUGUGAAAUUUUGUUGCUCUGCCACAGUGAGUUUUGUCAUGCCAGACGAACCUAAGCGAUUCGUAAAAUAUGUUUGCGUGUCGUGUCAAAAGCGAUACGAAGUACGUGAUGUCGUAAAUAUUGUCGAUAAUCCAGAUUUUAGUGCAACCGUGAAAUGUAUCAAUCCCAAUUGCACCGCUUCUUUGAGUCUUAUUAUAGAGUUCUCGCUCAUCUUGCGCGACGAAACAAGUUUCGUGGACGCGAUAUCGUCGCCAUUGGUCGUCAGAAAGAUGUUUCCCGAUGUGGUCGACCCGCCGAAGUUACUUACAGACGAAAACGUUCAAACGAUUGUAUCGCGCAUUUUGAAAUUCUUGAUUUUGAAAGAAUAUCGCAUAGUGUUUGAAAUAGAGCGCUUUUUACGCCCAGACGGCAAGAGUGUAUGUGUGCUUACGAACUUGGCACACGUACUCGAGCCAGGGAAGACAACAACUUCAUCAGGAGAAGAAACGAUGGAAUCCUGAGGCAAAGUAGGAUUGUUCGCUUGUUUUUACGUACCUACCUUCGCUGAACAGUGUCAACGUUGCGUAAACUUACUUUUUUACAAGGAACCUGGACAGAAGGAGUUCCGUAUAGUUUUGUUUUAUUUUUUGUUGUAAAUUUUUUGUUACUUUUUCAAUGCCAUGUUUGUUUUCAAACUACGGCUAUUCGAUGUUUACAAGCUAAACAAGUUUAAAAACGUUUUCUAUGUGUUCGAGUAUUAUUAGGUGCUAUAAAUUUUAGCUCGAAAAAAUCAGCGAAAACGUUUUGUUGUAAAGUUGCUUUUGUGUUUUCUUUUUAAUCUUAAAAUAUAACAUAUGUAACGAAAUGUAAAUUUUUUAUAGAAUCUUCAAAUUAGUUUUCUCA